GGUGUCAGAGCGAUUCCUGCCUUGAAGGAGGGUAUGCAACCUUCUUUAUUCCCCCCUUCGCAGACGUCCUUGAGCUCUUGAGACGGAUGUGAGCGAGUUUUUUAGUCCUCAUGCAAAACAACCAUCUAAACAUAACAGAUGACAUCAGCUUGGGCUUUUCAAUUCCUGGAUGGCAGCAGCGUGUUAAUCCAGCCUUCAUCCUGGAUUUCAUAAACUAAAACAAGAGAGCCUGGCAGGAGGACAGCGCUGCUGCUGGGUUGAGGAAAUUGAUGACGGGGAAGCAUGCGGGCAACCCAGUGUAUAAAACUCAUAAACGUGUAGGCAGAGGCUCAGCUACCACUUUGGACGGCUGCUUCCCACCAGCAGAGACCACACCGAGGGAAGCUGAACCCCAGCCCGCAGGGAGACAUGAAGAAGAGCCUCUUGCUGCUGGCCACCCUCCUUGUCCCUGCGCACCUGGCGACGGCCUGGAGCACCAAGUAUGCGGUGGAUUGCCCUGAGCGUUGUGACAGUAACGAGUGCAAAAGCAGCCUGCGCUGUAAGAGGACAGUGCUUGACGACUGCGGCUGCUGCCGGGUGUGCGCGGCGGGGCUGGGAGAGACCUGCUACCGCACGGUCUCAGGCAUGGAUGGCGUGAAGUGUGGCCCGGGGCUGAGGUGUCAGUUUUACAGUGAGGAGGAUGAUUUUGGUGACGAGUUUGGUAUCUGCAAAGACUGCCCCUAUGGCACCUUCGGGAUGGAAUGCAAAGAGACCUGCAACUGUCAGUUGGGCAUAUGUGACAGGGUGACCGGCAAAUGUCUGAAAUUCCCCUUCUUUCAAUAUUCAGUAGCCAAGUCUUCCAACAGGAGAUUUGUUUCUCAUACAGAGCAUGACAUGGCAUCUGGAGACGGCAAUGCUGUGAGAGAACUUGUGAAAGAGAAUGCUGCCCGGUCUCCUGUAAUGAAAUGGUUAAAUCCACGUUGAUCCUGGGUGGGAUUUCCAACAGAAGACUGUUUUAAUGAUCAUUCAACACACGGCCAACAUUUAGGAACUGUUUAGAUUAUCGUAUAUGGACAUGUAAUUUUCAGAGACCAAGUGUGAUUCAGGGUGGGUC